AUGCUCAACCUCCAUGUCUGGGGGGCGGCGUUCGGCCUCCCUUCGAUUGACGCCGAGUGCCUCGCCACCAUCGCCCAUCUCUACCAUGCCGCUCCACCCUCUACCUGGUGCCUCACCCCGAGCAGCGAUCCCUCCGUCAGCCCGUCACACCAUCUCCCCGCGCUGUACCACGACGGCGUCUGGACAAGUGGCUACCGCCAGAUAGUCGACUACCUCACUUCAAACUCCCUCUGCAGAAACCUCGACGAAAGCCUGGAUGCGCGCCAGCAAGCCGACAGUGUCGCCUACAGCGCCUAUCUGUCCGUGCAUGCGGCGCCCCUGGUCGAUCUCUCGCUCUACGUCUCCGCCGCCAACUGGUCAGCCGCAACCCGGCCGGCCUACAGCGCGCUUCUCCCCUUCCCGCUGACCUGGACCGUCCCGCCCCUGAUCCGGGCCGAAGCCAUCAAGCGCGCCGAGCACCUGGGGCUCGCGGAGCUGGACACCGACUUUGACCCCAGCGCCGGCCUGCAUCUGUCGGCUGGCCGGGAUGCGCUGCCGGAGACGUUUAGGAGGCAUCUGCCCGUGACGACGAAGAAGACGGUCCGUGAGGAGAUGACGCCUGAGCAGGCUGCUGCCAUCAGACUGCAUGGGCUUGUCGGGGACUGUCUGUCCGACGUGGGUGCCUUUAUGGUCGACCAUGAGAAGCAAGGCGACCGGGAGCCACCGCGAUUCUUUCCCGGAACGCCCGUCUCCUCGUUGGACUGUCUGGCUUACGGCUAUCUCGCCCUCAUGCUCAAGCCUUCCGUGCCGCGCUCCUUUCUGCGUGACUGGAUGCAAGCCGAGGCUCCGCGGCUGUCAAAAUUCGUAGACAGCGUGGCGCCACGGGACCUGCCAUGGUCUGCCUCAGACCCGCCCACCGUCAUCGGCUCGAGCGCCCGGGUCGUCGAUUCCAUCCUUCGCAACGCCCCCAGCCUCGGCGAGCACUACGCCAAGGAGAUGCGGCUGCGUGCCGAACAAGCGUCUCACGGCCUGGACCGCCGGGCGCUGGUGCUGGCCUCGAGCCUCGUGGCUACCGGCGCUGUCGUUGGGUACGGCCUCUAUGCCUACAAGUCGCUCCAGCCGUUUGGUGCUCGGUCGCAAGUCUGGAGAGCCAUUCGACAAGGGGGCAUGCUCAGCCAGUUCGGAGAACUCGGGACGAUGCUGAGCGGUGCCAUGGGGACCUAUCAGUCUGCACCAAUGCCCUCGGCACCGGCCACGGGGAGCUUGUCUACUGGCCAUGGUCGGCUUGUAGAGAUGGAUUCAGAGGUGGAUUAA